AAGGGCAUUAUCGUAAGUGAAAAACCCCGUUCACUUUAUAGAAGUUCAUAUUUAUGUUGAAUCUCAUGAUAUUAUAAAAUCCCAGCAAAAAGAUCCUCCCAAAUCCGAAUUCAUUGAAAACAGCAGAGUGGGCUUUCACUUUGCAGAGGAGCAAAACCAUUGAUUGCUCCGAUCCCUUUCUCAGGUGCAUCAAUUCAUCUCUAAUUUUCACUUCUCUGGUUUUCUUGGAUUGGUGUUGAAGAUGAUGAGCUUGGGGCCUUGAAGGGGGGAGCAAUUGUGUAAAAAAAAAAAAAUGCGGUUGUUUCCGCUGAGCUCUAGCUCGAGCUCAAGCAUGGACAACGAGCAGCGCGAUGGCGUACAAAAAAGUCGGGCUCUGUUGUACCUCAAUGUCUAUGACCUCACGCCUGUAAAUAACUACCUUUACUGGUUCGGCCUCGGCGUCUUCCAUUCGGGCGUUGAAGUGCAUGGUUUGGAGUAUGGCUUUGGAGCACAUGAGUACUCUUCCAGUGGGGUGUUUGAGGUGGAACCAAGAAGUUGCCCGGGCUUCAUCUUCAGACGGUCAGUGUUGUUGGGCAGCAUUGAUAUGUCUCGUUCGGAAUUCCGAUCGUUUAUGGAACACCUUUCUGCAAAAUAUCAUGGGGACACUUACCAUUUGAUUGCCAAGAACUGCAACCACUUCACGGAUGAAGUUUGUAUGCGGCUAACUGGAAAGCCUAUACCAGGAUGGGUAAAUCGACUCGCCCGAUUAGUUUCAGGUUCUUUCUGCAAUUGUCUUCUGCCAGAAAGCAUUCAGGUUACAUCAGUAAGACAUCUUCCUGAUCAUCCAACAUGUUCUGAUGAUGAUGGGUCAGAAUCUGCUGCAUCAUUUGCAUCAGCAGAGAGUGAAGAGGAGGAGGCGGCGGCGGCAAAUCAUCAUCUGCUGACCGUACCAAGUAAUGAUGUGGCUUUUCUGAAGGAAAAACCAGUGAGACUAGCAAGGGAGGUCUCGUGAUUCUUUCCACGAAUUCCAAUUGGAAUUGUCUCGCUUUCUCUUGGGUGGUUCUGUUGUUUGUAUGAGCCUAGGUGUAUAAGUGAACAUUUCCCAACUAAAUUAUUCAAGAAUUUAAAUCUAUUUAUCCUGGUACGGCUUUGAUGCCCAUGAAUUGUAUAAUACCUGUAUUGUUGUGAAAUGUAUGAUUGUGCUCAGAUCAUCAGAAAUUUGUUAGUACAGUAUAAUUCAUAAAUCCAAAGACUGUUUGUAGAUCCUAGAAAAAUGUGUACGGGUAUUUGUAUAUUUUUGUUUUUGGUUUAAUUUUUACUCAGAAGUAAGAGAAAAUUCUUUCAA